UCAGAUGAUCCGUUCUCUUCAAGAAAUAAGCCGAGAGAAAGAAGGAAAAUGUUUCUCCCUCUCGGUAUAAUUGCUAUUACGUAUGUCUGAUAAUAAUUACAGUAUGUAAGUGAAGUUCAUAUUUGUCUCAAGUGAGAUGCCGCCUGGAUGAUCUCAUCAUCAAUGUUCCAUUUAAUUGGAAUCAUUCUUUUAAGCACAAGCAUAAAGUUUACAAAAAAAUUAUGUGACAGGUUCGGCUAACCUAUGUAUACAAGAAUGACACGUUACCAUAUAUAGUAAUUGAUAGUGCGUAGUUAUGACAAUUAAGUUUACUAUGUGUUUUUAUAUGGACAUUCGAAAUAAAAAUCAAUGACGAACAGGAGAUUUUAUGGAUGUUUAUUUAACUAAUAAUCAUUACAAAAUUUCGUUUAUUUCACAAGUAUUUAUACAUAGUUGUAGGGAAUAAGGCUACGGAUUACUUUGAUACAGCACUGUCUUAUUCAUAGCGUCCUAACAUCUUGGAGUUCAUUCCAGUCGCCGGAUCUACGGGAGUGUGAAUGGAGUACCUUUUGUGUAUUAUCUUCGAUUCGGCAGUAUUAUAACAGAAUAGAACCAUUACGAAAUAUAAUUAUUACAGUAAAAUACUAUUUUUUGUUAAUAAAUCGUGAUAUGAAAAUUAUAAAAGUUGGUUGAUUGAUACACGUUCGUUAACGAAAUAUACCUGGAAUUAUUUGGAGCACCUCGUGUGCUUUUCAGCUGACACUAAUGCUGUGAUUCAGUUCAAGGUGGACGUUGGAACUUCUUAUUUUCUCACGAUGACCCGUGGUGAGAAACGUGCGAUAACGGAAGUACGGCUUGAACGAUAACGACUAAUUACUCUAUAAUGAGAUAAACCGAGAAUAUUGUAAAAAUUAGUCAAAUUCAACGAGGAACACGAUGUGGCCACGAUUGAGGAGACCAUGUCGCGCAUGGUUGAUUGUCCUUUUAAUCGUCCUGUUGAUAGGAAUAUUUUUCGUUUGGCCAUGGACAAGGCGAGGAGCUGAAGAUUCUCGCGACGAUUACGUUUCACUUCGACUUUUAGAUAAUCAAAGAGAUUACAUUGACCGCAGAGGAGUACAUGUGGUAGUGGGCCACUAUAUUGGAGAUUCAGUGGACCCUUUAAAAGCCCCAAAUAUUACGAAAGAUCUUAUUAACAAAAACAUGUUUGAUCCACGACCAUUUGAGGGGAAGAAUGGAAGUCCAGUUCUCGUUCCGGCAAAAGACUUUUAUCAAAUGCAACAGCUCUUUCAAAUCAAUCGUUUUAAUUUGAUGGCUAGUGAUAGAAUACCUUUGAAUCGAUCUCUACCCGAUGUUAGACGCAAAGGGUGCAUUUCACGGUACGCGAAUUUGAACGGUUUACCUAGAACAUCGAUAAUUAUAGUGUUCCAUAACGAAGCUUGGAGUACAUUACUGAGGACCGUGUACAGCGUUGUUAACAGAUCACCAAGACAUUUAUUAGAGGAAAUAAUUCUAGUUGACGAUGACAGCGAUAGAGAGUUCUUAAAGGAUGCAUUGGAUGAACAUGUAAAGAGUUUACGAGUUCCCACCAAAGUUCUUCGGUCCAAAAAACGUAUAGGUUUAGUGAAUGCCAGACUCUUGGGGGCAAAUGAAGCUAAAGGUGAAGUUCUGACGUUUUUGGAUGCCCAUUGUGAAUGUACGGUUGGAUGGUUGGAGCCCCUACUUGAAGCGGUUGCUAAAAAUAAAACCAGGGUAGUGUCCCCUGUUAUCGACAUAAUAAACGAUGAUACUUUUAGCUACACUCGAUCUUUCGAAUUGCAUUGGGGAGCAUUCAAUUGGGACUUGCAUUUUCGUUGGCUAACAUUAAAUGGCCGAUUAUUAAAAGAAAGACGAGAAAACAUCGUCGAACCAUUCAGAACACCUGCCAUGGCUGGGGGUUUAUUUUCCAUGAACAGAGAUUAUUUCUUCGAACUAGGCAGUUACGAUGAUCAAAUGAAAAUCUGGGGUGGUGAAAAUUUAGAAUUGUCAUUUCGAGUGUGGCAGUGUGGUGGCAGCGUUGAAAUCGCUCCUUGUUCUCAUGUCGGUCAUCUUUUUCGAAAAUCAUCACCCUACACAUUCCCGGGAGGUGUUGGAGAAAUUCUUUAUGGGAAUCUUGCUAGAGUGGCUCUAGUUUGGAUGGAUGAAUGGGCAGAAUUUUACUUCAAAUUUAAUGCAGAGGCGUCUAGAUUAAGGCACAAGCAACCAGUACGCGCUAGGUUGGCGUUACGUAAAAGACUGCAGUGCAAAAGCUUCGAAUGGUACUUAGACAACGUGUGGCCUGAACAUUUUUUCCCAAAGAAUGAUCGUUUCUUUGGACGGAUCGUACACGUUUCGACAAAGAAAUGUAUUAUGCGACCAACUGCAAAAGGAACAUACUCGCAACCUUCGGGAUACGCUCUUCUCGAAUCGUGUAUUCCACGACCGGUGCUUAAUCAAAUGUUUGUGAUGACAAAAAGUGGGAUUGUAAUGACGGACGAAAGUAUUUGCUUAGACGCGCCUGAUCGCGACACUCAGCACAAGACGCCAAGGGUUAAGAUAAUGGCGUGCAGUAGUCAAAGCAGGCAAAAUUGGCAAUACGACGAACAAUCAAGGACAUUUUUACACGUAUCUUCCGGAAUGUGCCUACAAUCGAGCGACGACGAAGGUCCUGUGAUAGCAGCUUGUACAGGAAACAUUGAACAGAAAUGGAUGCUGGAAUCCGUUCCCUGGAAAUAGUAUCAUCAAUACAUUUUUAACGUUCAGUGUUGUUACCGCGAGCAUAUUAUCAAAACAUAUUCAGCAAAAAUAUAAAAAGAUUGCGUGUA